UGUUGUUGAUUUAUACUGUCAAAUUUAGACAGAAUAUUUUCGUUGAGUUUUUUACUGAUAAUUCAAUUUUGAUGCCCAGUUCGAUUGAUUUUAGCAAAUGGCAGUGUACCAUACCCAAGACAAGUAUAAAGGUAUUUGGAGAUUUGUGCCAUUUGCCUACCUUAUUACCUAUAAUCGAACUUCCUUCGCAUGAAGUCGAUAGGAAAAACUGUACGAACAGCAGAUAUCGAGGAAAGGUUAACGACUUGGGUUUUACUGGUUAUGGUAGAUACGUGUACCCACACGGUGUAAUCUAUGAAGGUUAUUUCAAGGAAGGAGAAUUUGACGGAGAAGGUGUACUUAUUUAUCCUAAAGGACAAUCUGUGCAAGGGAUGUGGAAGAAAGGAAAACUCGUUGAAAGUAUUUUCAGAACGAGCGAUGGUCUAGAAUAUGAUAAGAAUAAACCUUAUUUACAGAUACCAGAUAGAACUUACAGGGACGAAGUUAGACCAGAUGGUACUUUGAGAAUUAGACUACCAGGAGAAAUAUCUACGAAAAAAGGCAAAGCAGAUAUACCAGAAGGAGCGUAUGAUACAGGAAAUGGUUAUUUCAGAGACAGUACUAAGUUAAUCUACGAUUUGGAUCAUAAAGCAAAAAGUAUAGUUACCGAUAUUGAUGAAAAAAUCAUCAAGAGACACUUCCGCAAAAAUUCUGACGUACCGGUUAAUUUCCUACCAGAGAUUUACGAGUUUUGGACAUCGGGUAGACAAACCGAGUACCAGAAGAUAGUGAGAAUCGUUGAAACACAAAAAUCAUAUCGCCGUGCUAGUAAAAAACAUAGCUUGAGGUCGUUUUAAUUUGAGAAUCUGUGUAUAUUAAUCAAUAAUUACGUAAACAAUAAAGUCUGUUGUGUAA